AGAAAAACAACCUGCUGGAUCGAGUUUGAGUUCCGCCGCUUGCCCUCCUAAAAAAAACAAUGGUUGCGUAUUGUGGAAAAAAGUAGCAUUCGCUCAAUUGUCAUAUGCUGAAGAAAAGAAAACUCAUGGCGGUGGAAAAGGAACUGAGCGCUGACGCCGCGACCACCAGCGAUGCGGGGCAGGCGCAGCUGUGGGCGUACAAGGACAAGCUCAGUGCGGAGGAAAAACAAUCGCUGCAGGAGCAGAUUUCCGCGCUCGAUCUGAAGCAGCUCAACGCGCUGUUUCUAACCGCCACGAAGAAGCACUUUGGAACGGGAAUAAAGGAUGAGGAACGAGGCUCAUUACUACCCGAGGAAGAUGAACUCUCGCCUCCGACAAAAGUGCAAACGCUGGAAACCCUGGAUCCAGCUGAAGUCAAACGCCUCGAGGGGCUAGGUGAGGUGUUUUUCUUGGGAAAGUUUGCUCCACAUUGUUUUUCUUGUGAAACUGCAGGGCUGCAUAGUACAUGGUAGUAUUCGACGUGUUGCAGUUUUCAUGCAACGCGAGCAAGCUUCUAAAAACAGUAUGAUCUUCCCAUUGUCCAGAUCCUCAUCCUUUGCAGAUUCAUUGGUUUCAUCCAACCCACUUCCAGGUCGCACUGCCAUUUCCGGCGGCAAAGUUGCGGCCCUCUGUCUCGGCGGCGGCGCUGGCACCCGGUUGGGGAUCGACGGGCCAAAGGGCCUUUUCCACCUACCGCAGCUUCCCUCCAGAAAAUGUCUGUUCCAGCUCUUCGCCGAGAGGAUCAAACGAUUGAAAAAGCUCUGCAACGCGACCACCCUCCCGUUUGUCAUCAUGACCAGCCCGCUGAACCACAAGGCGACCACGAAAUUUUUCGCCGAAAACUCCUACUUCGGACUGCCACCAAACGAGUGUUUGUUCUUCCCGCAGGGCACGCUCCCCGCGUUCGACUACGAAGGGAAAAUCCUGUUAGAAACGCGGUCGACCAUUUCCCUCAGCCCCGACGGGAACGGCGGUGUUUACCCGGCCUUGGAGAGAUCCGGGGUGCUGUCCAAGUUGAAGUCCUUCGGGAUCGACUACCUGCACCUCUUCGGCGUCGACAACAUCCUCGUCCGCCCCGCGUAUCAUUUGUGAAAACGUCCCCACCCCAUAGUUGUCAUCCAAUUCUGCAUGCCAAAAAAGUCUCUCAUGCGGAGCCCCAUGAGAAGCAUUUUCUGGUCGUGUUUUGGAAUUUGUGAUGCUAUAAUCAGCAAAAUAUGCUAGAUCUGUGAUGCUUCUGAACUACCAAAAGAGGAUUAUACUACAAGGACAAACUUGCCAUGCGAAACAACCAAAGACGGCUAAUUUGUCUAGCGGACUUGACUCUGGUGUGGGGACGUUUUUACUUAGGAUACCGCGGACCCCCGGUUUAUCGGCUACCUGAUCGACCAGAAGGCGGAAGUGGGGAACAAGUCCGUGUUAUGAAUUGCAAAAAUGUCUGGGUCUGGAAGAUUGCGAGACUUGUCAUGCUGAUCUGGCAUGGCCCUUAAAUCUGUGUAUGUAGCGCUUAGGGCCCUUCCGUACGGCCAUUUGUAUGUCCCGCAACGGGGAGGUUCGCCUAAGUCGGUCACUUGUAUGCGAGGCGUUGGGUUACCCGGUCGGCAGAGCCGAUCCACAACGAACGAACGUGGCCACAAACAGCCUCUCUCGCCUGUCAUGCAAAAACACAGUUUCUCACGCGGAAGACGCAGCAGGGAAGCACGAAAAAGCUUGUCAUGCUUGGCGGCGCAUUACGAUGCAUUUGUUAUUGACUGUCUUGCAUCACAAGUUUCCAGACCCAGACAUUUUUGCAUUUGAUACGUGUGGAAGGCCGAUCCGGAGGAGAAGGUCGGGGUGAUCGCGAAGAGAGCGGACAAGUACUGCGUCGUGGAGUACAGCGAACUCUCCGGGAAGCACAAGAAUCUCCGGGACGAAAACAGCAACGCACUGUUGUUCGGCGCGGGUAACAUCUGCAACCACUUGUUCAAGUUGGAUUUUUUGGAGCAAACGGUUUUGCCCAACAUGGAGAACAGCUACCACGUGGCGGAAAAGAAAAUACCGGUCGCGGACGAUGGAAACGAGGGGAAAACGUCGAAAAAGCCGGAGAAGAACAACGGGAUAAAACUGGAAACCUUUGUGUUCGACGUGUUCCCCUUGACGGACAGAAUGGCGAUUUUGGAAUGCAAACGCGACGAAGAGUUCGCGCCGAUCAAAAACGCGGAGGGCACGGACUCACCCGCGACGGCGUGGUAUCAAAUGCAAAAAUGUCUGGGUCUGGAAGAAUGCAACUUGUGAUGCUAUUUUUGGAAUCCAAAAAAAUCUGUAUUGCAUGAGCAGCAAAGGGAGUCGAUUUUUGCUACGUGGAGAGGGGAUUUGUCAUGCUGAGCAGGCAUCAAGAUGCCAUCAAAAAAUCAGUGACGCUAGGGCAUGCAUCACAGACAUCAUGGCUCAUGCAAAAUGUGCAUGACAAGCUCCGAGUCUUCCAGACCCAGACAUUUUUGCACUUGAUACGUGGGACAUGAUAUCAAAAUUGCACAAAUCCUGGGUCGAGGCCGCGGGCGGGAAGUGCGAGGGUUCGGUGGAGGUGUCGCCGUUGGUCUCCUAUUCUGGGGAGGGCUUGGAGGACCUUGUAAAAGGGAAGACGUUCCCUGAUGGGGCGGAGAUAAAGUGAACAUUUAGUACGAGGUAGCAGUGCUAAUUACAGCUUGUGAAUCAAUGUAUCAUGCAGCGCCGGAUUUUCAUUUUGGUUUUGGUCAAAUGAUUUUCUCAAGGACCAAGGUUCAGACAGGGACAGCGCUGCAAAGACGAUAUCUUUUGCAGGGAGAUAAUCAUGGUCAUGAU